AAAUGGGAUAUUUUUUAUGGAAAUGCAUAAUAUAUAUUUCCCCUAGAAAAAACUUGUCAACAUUCAGUUACUAGAUUUAAUAUUGACUUUCUGUUGUGACUUGAAUUAUUUUUCUGAAAAUAACACAAGUUUUGAUGUCCAAAAUAAAUAACAGUUCAGUUUAAAAAAUUGAAUAUGGGAAAAACAACGAAAGUGAUUGUUUGUGGAAUGAAAGGCGUAGGGAAAACAGCAUUGUUAGAACAGCUUAUAUACGGAAAUGUCAAUGUCAAAACGGAAAUUCAUCCUACGAUCGAGGAUAUUUAUGUUGCAAAUAUAGAAACGGAUCGCGGUUCGAAGGAAAAAGUACGAUUUUAUGAUACCGCUGGAUUGGAAUCUCUUCAGAAUAAUUCAAAUAAUCAGCAAUUACCGCGUCAUUAUCUUGGUUUUGCCGACGGAUACAUUUUGGUUUAUGAUACUGCGAAACCUGAAUCGUUAGAUGUGCUUUUCCCUUUGAAGAAAGAUAUUGAUAGAAAUAAAGAUAAAAAAGAAAUAACGGUAAUUGUUGUUGGAAAUCGAACUAAAGCCGAAGAAGAAUCUCAUAGUUUGGAGAAUACAGCAAGUAAAGCUGCAAAUUGGUGUACUAGAGAGAAAUUGAAACAUUAUGAAGUAAAUGUUAUGGAUAGGGCCAGUUUGUUUGAAGCAUUUGUUAAUUUAUCUUCUAGAUUAAAUCCUCCUACAAAUAAGAGCACAUUUCCACAGUUAAGUAUGGGUAGAAAAAAUAUCAAAGUUGAAGGACCUUAAAUACGUUUAUU